CAUCGCCGCGAUCGGUUGUUUAAUUUUGCUCGCUCUGUUUCCGUUUCGCUUGGAAUUCGCCGUUUUCGUGAUCGACUAGUAGGCGCCUCCCCUCUUGAAACCACUCCCCCGAACUUGCCCAGAAGCCGAAGAGUGAAACAAGCUUUUGCGUUCCAAGCUGACACAGACGCACCACACACGUACGCCCAAAAACAGCGAUAAUACAAAUUGGCCACGCUCGUUGUUUGGGUUAAUUCAAUUAAGUGCGACGGACAGAAGAAAGCCGCUUCGGCCAAGUGAUAAUCCAUCAAGGGGCCACAAAGGCGCUUUUAUUGGGCCCUAAAAAAAGAAAGUCGCCACACAAAGGUUACACAACCGAAGCGUGCAAUUGACCCACGGAACACGGAUCACAGAUCACGGAUCCCCCGAACUUUUCGUAUAGUGCGGAGUACGCAACAACAAAAACAACGCUACAAUGACGACUGCGGCGAAAGUAAUCUUGGCCUGCUGCCUGCUGGGCGCCUUCCACAUGCAAAUCAGCUCGUCAUCAGCCAUUCCCAUCUGGGAGUUUUUGACCCGCAACGAAAAGAUGUCACACCUCUAUUCGACGUUCGCCCAGCUAGUUAGCGUGCACUGCAAGUCGACUGCCGCUGUUGGAGGACUGCCGGUGAACCAGUGCAAGCACAAUCUGCUUGGCUACGGAUCCGCCAAGCUGCAGACGCUCUCUGAUGCCCAAUUGGAGGCACUCGAUCCGUAUCAGCGCGAUGCCAACGAGCUGAUAUGGUCGUCGAUCAUGCGGGACCAUCCGAGCGGAGCUAGCCUGGUGACCACACGCCAGCCGCUCCAGCAACCCUUACCCACUCCACCUGCCUCCUCGCUGAUCAUCCUGACCCGCCAGCAACUUCCACACGAGGCCUCCCAUCCCAUCCAGAGCUCCAGUUCCGGCCCCAAUCCGAUCUUCGAAAGCGGCGAGCAGAAGCACAAGUACGCCAUGGACAUGGAUAUGGCCUACGGCUACGUUCAGCAGUCUAGCAGUGAGCUUCCAGUUGCCGCCGCCCUUACGGGAGAGCCGCCCAAAACCUAUCUCACCGGACCCUUAGUUAUCCGAGUGCGUCCCGAUGGCUCACCUGUGGAGGAGGACAAGAGGAUGCCCCUGCCGCGUGACGAGGACCUGCCCUUAUUCCGUCUCGGCCUGGCUGCCGCCCAGCCCAACAGACACCGCAAGAUCGCCACAAUCAGCGCUCUCAAGCAGCAGCACUUCGCCUCCAUCCUGCAGCGCGACCUUCAGCCGCCUCAUCAGGUGCAGAGGCGCCUGUUCCGCCAGCAGCAGGCGUAAGAUCCUGGCCAGAGGAUUCCUAGACCUAAGUCCUUGUGUGGAGAGUGAAUGUGAUAGAUCAGGAGACGAUCCUGCAUCUCUAAGUGCGAGAGAAUGGAUGAAU